GAUCCAGAUUCCCCAGUUCUUCAAAUGAUUGACAGGUCUCAGCUAUCAGCGUGUCUGCCCCCUGCUAAGCCCAAUGGGGGAGGGAAGAACGCAUGCCUCCAUGGGAACCCCACCCCCCACUACUACUAGGAGAAGUCUGGGAGUGGUCUGGUUACAGGCGUCUGUCACAGACCUCUGGGACCAUGGGCGAGAAGGGUGGGCGAUUUGGGAGGACCCAGCUGGGGGGGUUAGAGGGAUCAGGGGUAUUUUUUUUCCUGUCCGCACCAGCCCAACCUAUCUCCUGGAGUCGACUCUCCUCUCGAGGUACUACUCCGUAGGUACCAACCAAUGCACGAUGCACACGCAUGCUCCGGAUGGUAUGAUAUGGGGGAAACUUUUUUCUUCUUUUCUAAUUUUUAUUGGAUUUCUAUCUUGUUGGGUGAUUUUUGACCAGUACCCAUAUCCGAUGUACCUUAGUCCCUGGCAAAGGUACCUACCACUUGGGACUUACUGUGUCAUAAGAUCACCAAUCCCACCUUCGAUGCCAGGAACCGAAGGCAACCCAGCCCAGUCCCUUCCAUGGUCUCUCCGGGCUCCUUCGAUUCGACAACCUUAAGAUCCCACACAGCCACAUUCCAUGUGACGGCAAUGAUCCCUGCUAAUAUGCUCGAAUACCGCCAUCACCCUUUUCAGACACUCGUCGGCCUCUGCCCACCUGGUAGGUUUGAUGAGGUGUUUCAAUUGGAGAAUCGCCUCGUUCCAUACUAGUAGUAUGUACCUACCUACCUACCUACUACUAGGGACUGAAGGGCUG